CUUCACCCGUUUUCUGCCCCUCGCUCUUUCUGCCGUAUUUCGUUUUUCUAGUUUGAAAGUCUCUCUUCCUCUCUCUCCUCUCUCUCUCAAGAAUGCCUCAAGUUGAUCUUGAAACGCUAGUCUCCGCAUGCGCCGGCGGCGGAACUGACCGGAAAAUAGCAUGCGAAUCGCAGGCAGACGACGGUGACAACUCCGGAGACAUCAAAGAGAUUCCCGGCGACGAUGAGAUCGAUUCCGGCGACAUCGAAAUAGCAGUCGCUACUGAUUUACCGCCGGAGUCCUUCUGGCUGUCGAAGGAUUCCGAAAUCGAUUGGUUUGACCGGAACGCUUUCUUCGAGCGGAAGGAGUCAACGAAAGGCGCCAUUCCAAACUCCGGCUCGCUCCCCAAUCCGAAUUCGAAUUCCUAUUCCCAGUCCCAGAGGUUUUCGAAAUCGAAGGCUUCGAUCAUCGGGUUGCCUAAAGGCCAGAAGACCGCCUACGCGGAAUCUAAGCGGAGGGCGGGGAAUAAAACGGGGAUUAUCCGGCUUUUCCCGCCGAAACGGACGGGGUCGGUCGGGAAACCGGUCGCAGAACCGUCGUCCCCGAAGGUUUCGUGCAUCGGAAGGGUAAGAUCGAAGCACCGCCGCCGGAAAUCUUCAUCGAGGAACGAAAAUUCGAUCGAGAGAUCGCGGAGUGGCGGAGAGAAUCGGAAGCCGGGGUUCUAUUCCCGGUUGGUAGCCAUGUUCACGUCAUCCGGAAAGAAAGCCGGAAAGGAACGAAACAGGGAGCCGCCGAGCGGUGCCGCGAAGAUCGUGAAAGCGACGAGAUCUUGUGAAAUUCCACUGGGCAGCGGGCAGCCCGGUUUGGGUGCUAUGAACCGGUUCGCGUCGGGCCGCCGGUCCGCAUCGUGGGGGGCUCAAGAAAUUAGCGCCGCGGUUUCGGAGAGUUUAAACAGGGAAGUUGGCCGGGUGGGGCCCAAGGCUAGAAAUUGAUCGACACGGCCGUGAGCUGGUGGUCCGAUGUGGCACGUUGUCUAACGGCUUUCCCGUUGACCUUUAGCUAACAUUGUAAGCCGUCAAAACACUGUAGCCAUGGUUGCAGGUUUUACAUUUUGUUAUUGAUUUCCAAUCAGCAUUCAGUCAUUUAUAGUUUUGUAAAUAUAUUUUCUUUCUAGAAAUGGGUGAAUGCAAUCCAUCCUAUCUUUUUGGCUAGAAAUAAUAUUUAUGUAAUUUUAUGACGUGUGGUAUACUAUUUAUAAUACUA